AUGGAUAUCUUGACUAUUUAUGCGAUCGCCGUUGGCGGCGUCUUCACAAGUCUUGUUAUCUUUAGAACCUUGAAAGUCUUUGCGCCCUGGAGUAACGCGAUGAAUGUCUUUAUUUACCAGCAUCUUGCAUAUCCGUAUGUUCUUGGCCGCCAUUCACUUCUGGGGCCUUGGACACGAGCCGGUGUUUUUCUUCAUUUGAUCUACCUCGCAAUCAACCUGCUGCUCCUGUUUUUCAACAGUAUAUCUAUGGCAGCCACAGGUCGCCGAGCGGGAACUCUAUCGCUACUCAAUAUGAUAUUCCUUCUGGCUUCAUGGCAUCUGAGCAACUUGGCUGAUAUUCUCGGGAUUUCUCUGAGAAUUUACCGACAGAUGCAUCGCACUGCAGGCUGGAUGGUGGUAGCUUUGGUAGUGUUUCAUGUUUUUGCCAUGUUACAGGGCAAAAGCCAUGAGGGUCAGGAGAUAAAUACUGGGCGCCUUUCUGCAAUAAUUGUGUGUAAAGUGAAUCAGGCGCUGGGUGUCUAUGCUCGCUUGUCAUUUUAUCCCUGCCUUUCUGUCGAAAAAUUUCAUACGAGUUGUUUCUUCGGCUCCAUCAGGCACUCGUAG